AUUUCUUUUUGGAUACUAACUUGCAAAUCUGAAGAAUGGCAUUCCGGACAAUUUCUGUGUUGGUUGGAGUAUUUGUUUGUUCCAUCUGUGUAAAAGGAUCUUCUCAGCCCCAAGCAAGAGUCUAUUUAACAUUUGAUGAGCUUCGAGAAACCAAAACCUCUGAAUAUUUCAGCCUAUCCAACCACCCGCUAGACUACAGGAUAUUAUUAAUGGAUGAAGAUCAGGAUCGGAUAUAUGUGGGCAGUAAAGAUCACAUUCUUUCUUUGAAUAUUAACAAUAUAAGUCAAGAACCUUUGAGUGUUUUCUGGCCUGCAUCUACAAUCAAAGUUGAAGAGUGCAAAAUGGCUGGCAAAGAUCCGACACAUGGCUGCGGGAACUUUGUUCGUGUAAUUCAGACUUUUAAUCGCACUCAUCUAUAUGUUUGUGGGAGUGGUGCUUUCAGCCCAGUCUGUACUUAUUUGAACAGAGGAAGGAGAUCAGAAGAUCAAGUUUUCAUAAUUGAUUCCAAGUGUGAAUCUGGGAAAGGACGCUGCUCUUUCAACCCUAAUGUGAACACUGUAUCUGUUAUGAUAAAUGAGGAGCUUUUCUCUGGAAUGUAUAUAGAUUUUAUGGGAACAGAUGCUGCUAUUUUUCGAAGUUUAACGAAGAGAAAUCCGGUCAGAACAGAUCAACACAAUUCUAAAUGGCUUAGUGAACCUAUGUACGUGGAUGCUCAUGUCAUCCCAGAUGGCACUGAUCCAAAUGAUGCAAAGGUAUACUUCUUCUUCAGAGAGAAACUGACCGACAAUAGUAGAAGCACAAAACAGAUCCAGUCCAUGAUUGCUAGAAUAUGUCCUAAUGACACUGGUGGACUGCGUAGCCUUGUCAACAAGUGGACAACUUUCCUAAAAGCAAGACUGGUGUGCUCAGUAACAGAUGAAGAUGGCCCAGAAACAUACUUUGAUGAACUAGAGGAUGUAUUUCUACUGGAAACUGAUAAUCCAAGGACAACACUAGUAUAUGGUAUUUUUACAACAUCAAGCUCUGUUUUCAAGGGAUCAGCAGUGUGUGUUUAUCAUUUAUCUGACAUACAAACUGUAUUUAAUGGGCCUUUUGCCCACAAAGAAGGACCUAAUCAUCAACUUAUUUCCUAUCAGGGAAGAAUUCCAUAUCCCCGUCCUGGAACUUGUCCUGGAGGAGCAUUUACACCCAAUAUGAGAACCACCAAGGAGUUCCCAGAUGAUGUUGUCACUUUUAUUCGGAACCAUCCUCUCAUGUACAAUUCCAUUUACCCAAUCCAUAGAAGACCCUUGAUUGUCCGAAUAGGCACUGACUACAAAUACACAAAAAUAGCUGUGGAUAGAGUUAAUGCAGCUGAUGGUCGAUACCAUGUCCUCUUUCUAGGAACAGAUCGGGGCACUGUACAGAAGGUGGUGGUUCUUCCGACAAACAGUUCUGCCAGUGGUGAGCUAAUAUUGGAGGAGUUGGAAGUCUUUAAGAAUCAUGCUCCCAUAACGACAAUGAAAAUUUCAUCUAAAAAGCAACAAUUGUAUGUGAGUUCCAAUGAAGGAGUUUCCCAAGUAUCUCUUCAUCGCUGCCAUAUCUAUGGUACAGCCUGUGCUGAUUGCUGUCUGGCAAGGGACCCUUACUGCGCCUGGGAUGGCCAUUCUUGCUCUAGGUUCUACCCAACUGGGAAGCGGAGGAGCCGAAGACAAGAUGUGAGACAUGGAAAUCCAUUGACUCAGUGCAGAGGGUUUAAUCUAAAAGCAUACAGAAAUGCAGCUGAAAUUGUUCAGUAUGGAGUAAAAAAUAACACCACUUUCCUUGAGUGUACCCCCAAGUCUCCACAGGCAUCUGUCAAGUGGCUGUUACAGAAAGACAAAGACAGAAGGAAAGAGGUCAAACUAAAUGAACGGAUCAUAGCCACUCCACAAGGACUCCUCAUCCGCUCCAUUCAAGAUUCUGAUCAAGGAUUGUAUCACUGUAUUGCAACAGAAAACAGCUUCAAGCAGACCAUAGCCAAAAUCAACUUCAAAGUUUUAGAUUCUGAAAUGGUGGCUGUGGUGACAGAUAAAUGGUCCCCAUGGACCUGGGCCAGCUCUGUAAGGGCUUUACCCUUCCACCCGAAGGACAUCAUGGGGGCAUUCAGCCACUCAGAAAUGCAGAUGAUUAAUCAGUAUUGCAAAGACACUCGACAGCAUCAUCAGCAGGGAGAAGAAUCACAGAAGAUGAGAGGGGACUAUGGCAAGUUAAAGGCUCUUAUCAACAGCCGGAAAAGUCGAAAUAGGAGGAAUCAGUUGCCUGAGUCAUAAUUUUCUUAGAUGGAGUUUAUACUUUCUCUAGCAAAUGGUCUGUCUUCAAUGA